AUGUUUAUAACUUAUAGUAAUAAUUAUUCAUGGCUUCACACGUAUAAUUUUUUUCCGCUUUUUAUUGUUGCGUAUAUAUACACAAAUACAUAUAAAAAUCGAAUAUGGCAACUAUUUACUUCUUUGUUUAAAUAUUCUUUUGUCGAAUAUAAUAAUGUCUUUCAACAAUAAAUCUAUCAAUAUGUUCGCCAGAUUAGCGGUUUCUAUCAAAGUAAUAAACUCUUUAAAUUUCUAGUAGGUAAUAUUAUAGGUAACCUCCUUGAUCCAUUUAUCCAUGAAACUGAAAGUUUAAAUAUGACAUUUGACACAAACAAACACAGGCAGUUAGAGAUUCCACAAAGGAGCAAUUCAUGGCUUUUAGAGUGACCAGAGUUCUUUUCGACAAAAAUGCGCAGCUGCGGAAGUGGUGCUAUGAGCUGUCCGGUUUCCAUAAAUACGGUUUGCUUCGGGACGAUUGUCUGUACGAGAACGAGGACGUACAGGAGGCCCUGCGGCGCCUCCCACAGCAUGUGGUGGAUGAGAGGAACUUCCGUCUCGUGAGGGCCAUCCAGCUGUCUGGGGCUAAGGUGCUGAUGCCACGGGAGCAGUGGACCAAGUUUGAGGAAGACAAGCUGUAUCUGACUCCUAUCGUGGACCAGGUGGUGAAGGAAAGGUUGGAGAGGGAGAAAUGGGAAAGCGAGUACUGAGGUGGUUCGACUGAGCGUUUUUUACUUUGAUGAAGUUUAAUAAAGUUGCUUUGUGAUUUUUUCGUUUCGGAUUUUACUAAAUUUUUAUUUUACAUUGUA